CUUCUUCUCAUCUACUAGUUUCUUAACAUUAUACAGAAAUGAGUAAUACAACCACAAAUUUACGUUUAGCAUGUGUGGUAAAUUAAAUAAUUAAGAAAUCUAUACCAGUUAAAUAAAUACAUGCCUAUAUAUUAUAGAUGGUUGGCUUACCUGCACGUGGAAAGACAUAUAUCUCUUAUAAAGUGAGUCGUUAUUUGACUUGGUUAGGAAUUAAAACACACAUAUUUUCUGUGGGUAAUUACCGUCGUAAAAUUGCAGGACUAAAUUUACCACAUACCUUUUUUGAUACCAACAAUAUGGAAGCAAUGAAAAUACGUCAUGAAGCAGCUAUGAUGGCUUUGAAUGAUAUGAUUCAAUGGUUUUUUAAAGAAGAAGGUACAUUAGUAGGUAUCUUGGAUGCAACCAAUUCGAGUAAAAAAGCAAGGGCUUGGAUAAAUCAAGAACUUACAUGUCGUGGUAUUCAAGUUUUAUUCAUUGAAUCUAUUUGUGACAAUGAAAAAGUAAUCAUGUCAAAUAUUAAGGAUGUCAAAUUAUCUUCACCUGAUUAUUGUAAUCGUGAUCCAAAGGCAGCUACAGAAGAUUUUAUGAAACGUAUUAGUCAUUAUGAAGCUACUUAUGAAACAAUAACUGAACAAGAUUUAAGUUAUAUCAAGUUAAUCAAUGUUGGAAGUCAAUAUAUAAUUAAUAUGAUUCGUAGUUAUUUAGAAAGUAGAAUUGUCUAUUAUCUUAUGAAUUUACAUACACGACCCAAAAGGAUAUGGUUUAGUAGACAUGGUGAAUCACUUUUUAAUUUAGAAGAUAAAAUUGGUGGUGAUUCAGGGUUAUCUCCAAGAGGAGAACAAUAUGCAUUAAAAUUACCAGAAUUAGUGAAACAAAAUAUAGGUGAUAGGCCUCUUACUGUUUGGACUUCUUCUAUGACUCGUACUAUUCAAACUGCAAGACAUUUACCAUUCCCUAAAAAGCAAUGGAAAGCAUUAGAUGAAUUAGAUACAGGUGUAUGUGAUGGUAUGACAUAUGAUGAAAUAGCUGCAAAAUAUCCUGAUGAUUUCUCUAGGAGAGAUGAAGAUAAAUUUAAUUAUCGUUAUCGUGGUGGAGAGAGCUACAGAGAUUUAGUGCUGAGACUGGAACCUGUUAUUAUGGAUUUAGAAAGACAUGAAAAUAUUUUAAUUAUAUCACAUCAAGCUACUAUUCGUUGUAUGUAUGCUUAUUUUAUGGGAUUAAGUCAUGAAGAGUUACCCUAUGCUCGUAUUCCAUUACAUACAAUCAUUGAAUUAAAACCAAAGGCAUUUUCUUGUGAAGAAAAAUUAUAUAAAGUGGAUGUAGGAGCAGUGGAUACUUUUAGACCAAAAGGUCAGAAAUCACGUAGAUUAACAAAUGAUACAUUUGUGGAUUCAUCUAUUCCCUUAGCAGAGGGUGCCAGUGGUGAGAUUGCAGAUGCAAAUACGUCUAUUUUACCGAUUACACCUAUCAGUGUAACUCCUUGUUAAACCAUUAUUCUUAUUGUAUUUAAUCUAAUCCUAUUCCCCUCUUCUUCUUCCCUAUGAUCGUGUUUAUUUUGUGAUAAAUGAUUAUCUAUUUUAAUCGUAUUAUUGAUAUUAAAUGUAUGCUUUAUAAUUUUAGAUAAAUUAAAAAAGAAAUAAAUUCUAUAAUAAAUCAACAAUGUCUAUUCCUUGC